AUGGCCGACCCAUCACGCAUGUCGGAGCCACCGGAGGAUUGGGAUCCAUUCCCAACAAAUGGCGCCGAGGAGGCGCCAACGCGCGACGCGCAGGCGGGUCGGGGAGCAGAUGGGAAACGAACAUUGAGCGAACUAUUGAAGUUGCACGCGGAGAAGGGGACGGAUGUCCAUUUUACGCCAGAAGAGGCGGCGAAAUUGGAGGAGGUGCUUGGUCAAUGGAUAAAUUCCGGGCUUUCACCAUACGAGGGCGACGACGACUUCUUCGCCCGCUCACUCGACGACUCGUCAAUAGCGAGGCGGUCGCCCGCCAUCGUGGACGGGCGACCGCGGGGACAGAGCGAAAGCGUGGUUGGCAAGGCAUAG